UAUUUGGCAGACUUUGACCCGAAAUUUAAUAAACUGAGUUACUAACGAACCAGUUUUAAUUUUUUCCGAACGAAACCUAUACAAGAAAGCAACAAACAAGUAUGCGAUGUAAACAAAAAAACAUAGUAUGAGAAAUGUGAUAGUAUGAAUAAUACCAUCUAUUUGUAUCACGUGGUAUGAAUAAAAUUACAUAACCUCAAACAUUAGAAAUGUCUUGGUUAAGACAAUUAUGUCUUAAUUUCACAAAAUACACUAGAAUAAGCACAACAGGAGCGUUAAACAUCACAAAUUUACGUAUAGGUCACGCGUUUUCAACAGCACCGACACCUUACGAGGUAGUAAAUCCAAACGAAAACAGACAACUCACCGAUGAAAUAAUUGGCAGGGUUAAUGAGGAGAAGAAAGGUCGCCUGUUUGCCAUUGUUCAUUUGGCUGGUAAACAAUUUAAGGUGACCGAAGGGGAUGUUAUCGUUGUCGAAGGAUAUUGGCCCCCAACAACUGGAGAUAAAAUUAAUCUGGAUAAGGUUUUAAUGUUGGGAGCGCCAAACUUCACCUUAAUUGGACGACCGUUAAUUCAAACCAGCCUGAUUGAUGUGCACGCAACAGUAAUUGAAAAGACACUAUCGCAUACCAAAGUAAAUUUCAAGAAGAAACGACGAAAACAGUACAAAAGAAUUAAUUUUUAUCGCAUACAGCAAACAAUGUUAAGGAUAAAUAAGGUGGGAUUUGUUGGAGAGCUCAAUAAGCCGGAAGGAGUGGUAGUGAAGGAUCGUUCGUAUACUUAAUAAAAAAUGCAAAUAUUGUCUACAGUUUUAUAACCAGUAAUAAACUUGUAUACAAA